UGGCAGUUGUAAUCAAUAGCCUUCAUCUCAAACACCCUCUUCAUUGGACCGAGAGAGAAUCCUUGUUAGCUGUGCAGCAAUUAUCCAACAGGCACGUUACCGCAGCUCAUAAACAAGGGUUCACUGCUCCUUCCGAUAUUGCCAGAUAGUGGUCGAGAGCAUACCGAACACAAGAAUAACAACGAUAUUGCCUCACGAGCACCACCCACUGCCCUCUCUCUCUUCUCUGCAUCUUGAACUGUGUUUGGAACUCUGAACCACAGCGUUAUAUGGCCGUAGUGCUUUGGAUACCACAUUAUUAUCAACAAUGUUCAGCUCUAAAAAGCCAUACUCCUCGGUUACGGUCGCCAUUGAGCGCCUCACAAGUGAGCAGUUCGAGGAAGAUGACCUGAGCGGGAUCCCGGAUCUAGUUGAAGCAAUCGGUUUGCAAGCAACAGGGCCUGCGGAAGCCGCGAGAGCUAUCCGGAAGAAACUGAAGUAUGGCAACCUCCAUCGCCAACUCCGAGCACUUACCAUCCUUGAUGGCCUCAUGCAAAAUGCAGGGUCACGGUUUCAGCGAGCCUUUGUCGAUGAACCUCUUCUUGAGAGAUUGAGAGUCUGCGCAAACUCGCCCAUGUCGGAGAAAGAAGUACGGGCUAGAUGCCAAGUUCUCUUUGCUGGUUGGGGGCAUACUUAUAAGAGCACGCCCGGAUUGGAAAGGAUUGCUCGCUUGAACAAGGAACUUCCAAAGCGGAAGCAGGUAGUCACUCAAGAUAGAUCCAAAGUACUAAAGGAAACUGAGCGGGACCCAUUCGAAGACGAGGAGGAUGACGAGGCUGAGCAGGCUGCCAGCAGUUCCGCAGCUCCUUCGCCAAUCCCCAGAGUGGCAGCCAAGAGCCAUAAACCCAAGCCAAGCAGCUCUAGUAUCAGCAGUAGCAUAUUUGGAUCAACAACACCAACAAAGUCAAAGAAAUCAAAGAAGGGGCCGAAGAGCAAGAGUGGGCGGUUUAACCUUGAGGCAGAGAAAGGCAACAUGAAGACCAACAUUGCUGAGUCCUCAGUUGCUUCUAUCAACCUCCUCAACGCGUUGCAGAGGAUCAAUCGAGAGGAGGAGCGUGUCUCGGAGAACCAAGCUUGCGUUGCUCAAUUUGAGCGUUGCAAAUUACUCCGAAGGCACAUUCUUCGCUAUAUUCAAAACAUUGAAGCUGAAGAAUGGCUUGGAGCCCUCAUCCAAGCCAACGACCAACUCGUCACCGCGCUCAUGACGUUUGAGCAACUGGACAGCUCCAUCGAUGCAGACAGUGACUCCGACGACGAACUCGCUGAACAGGCACAUGCGUACCGAAUGCUGCAAAAAAAGGGUAAAUCAGUCGACGGGGCAGCUGCAGAACUUGCUGGUUUAAAAAUUAGCCCAGAUUCCGCGGCCCCUGCACCUGCGGCAUCCCCUCGCACUGCGGCACCACCGGUUGUGGAUAACUAUGAUUCAGUCGAGGAAGAAGACGAUGACAACCCGUUCGGAGAUGCAAAUGCAUUGUAGAGUCCGGCGCUGGAGAGAGACGAGCCGAAGUGUGUAUUUGGUUGAUUCAUUUAAUCGUCGGUGUUCGCACCGACCACCCUACAGGUGGUCGGCGAAAGCGAGUUGAAGCCCGAAAGCGAGAUGAAGCCCGCCAGGGGUCUUGUACAUAGCCGAAGAAGAGAUUUACACACAAAUUAUAUACGUUUCUCCCUUUCAUCUAUACACUUGUGACAAAACUGCUUCGUCGUCCUACUUGAAAUCUAAUACAAUGGAUGAUGCCCUCCAAUUCCUCCGCGACAACCCUUCAGAAAAGCCUAUAACCGCUGCACGAAUAUUCAAUAUAAAUGCGAAGACCCUCAAUACGAACCUCCGACGAGCGAAACUCAAAGCCCAGGCACCAAACCCUAUUUACGGAGGCCAGAAUAAGAUACUUUCAGAGGCACAAAUCAAGGCUAUAUACAAAUAUGUAGAGGAUUCAUAUUUUGCGGGCUAUGGGGCGUCAAAAGCGAUGGUUUUUACAGCAAUUGGCCACUUGCGGGCAGCGGAAAUACCGCCUAAACCAGCACCUUCAUGGCGCUGGUUUCAGAGCUUUAUAAAGAGCUCUUCGAUCCUCUUUCGAGUUGUCGAAGCCAAUUGCACGAGUCCGAGUUACGACCCAUGAUAUUUCUGCGGUACAAGACUGGUUUGGAGUGUAUUUGGCAUGGUGUACUCAACACAAUAUCCAGCCACAGGAUAUUUAUAACUUUGGAGACUGGUUUUCGUGUUGGAGUAGCACCAGGGGAGGAUGUAAUAGUUCCUGUAUCUAUUACAGAAGUAUGUAUAAUUCAGUACUUGUAACUUAAUACAAUUAAACUGAC